AUGAGUCUUGCUGUAGCAGAUCUCGAAGUCAAGACGAGGCCUGCUGCUGCUCUCUACGAGCUGACGACGAGGGUCCUUAGAGAGUUGCAGCGUCAGCAGUUGGGAGAAUGGGGUCGGUCAAAGACUGACUGGACUGACGCUCUCCCAGGGACCUUACGUCAGUUUACAAUGGACGGCAGCCUCCAUCGAGACGGCGGUGGUAGCGGUGCCUCCUCUUCAGGCUCGCUGACGGGGGUGGCUGACAGCUCGCCCCCAAUUAUCCUGGAGGGGCCGCAGGAUGCCUACGUCAUCAAGAAUAAACCGGCCACCCUCGUCUGCAAGGCCGCCCACGCCCUCAAAGUGUACUUCAAGUGCAACGGAGGCGCCCCUGGGCCGGAGGCCGAGAAGGAGACGUCCUUCGUCGACCUGACGGGCGUGAGGGUGGUGGAGGUCCAGCUCCAGGUGGAGAGGGUGGUGGUGGAGGAGUACUUCGACAGCGAAGGCUACGGGUGUCAGUGCAUCGCCUGGAGUUCUAGGGGCGAGACGACAAGCAACUCCGCCAAGAUCACCAUUGCAUGUGAGUAUUAA